CCUAAAAUGUGAAUUUAUAACAUUCUAACCUAAAUUUGUUUUCUUCAAUUCGACAAAAAUAAGUCAAGACAAGAACAAAGAAAAGAACGUUACCGGGGUAAUUGUCAUAUUGAAUCUUGGCUGGCAUGGAAGUGUUUUGGGUUAAUUUAACUCUUCUAUUAAUGAUUAAAAUUUUUUAAUUAUGGAGGCUGAUUGUGAGUGUAGUAACAUUAUUGCUGUUUUGAAGAAGAUCGAAAAGAUUAGAAAAUGUAAUAAAUGCGGAGCAACUGAAUUGAUAUCUCUCACUGGCUCUUGCAGUCAUUCUCUCUGCUCGGACUGUUUGCGGGGACUGGCUGAAUCGAUUUGUCCAGAAUGUAGUACACCAUUUGAAUUGAAAGCUAUUCUGCCUAAUAUACAAUGGUCUAGUUUUAGCCAUGAAAUCAACAAGAUUGCCAGCUUAGUGAACAGGUGAAUUUUGACCAAGUGAAUGAGGUCUACG